AAACAAUAGUGGAUCUGCAAACAUAACCCACGCAGCACGCUCUCAGUUCAGGCCGUGCGUCCCGAGGAAACCAUGACCCUGGUACGUCACUCCGACUAAAAUACUACGCAACAAAGGAGAAGAUCCACCGAGGGGCCGACCCAGAACAGGACCAGCUCUGUCUAAGGCAACGCGCAGCAUCCCUCGAUGGUCACGUUCGACAAGCGAGAGUUUGCUCUCCUGCUGCCUGCCAAGCUGCGGUUCUCCCACCGACGCAGCUCUGGGAAGCCAAGAGGUUCCCGUUGGUGGCUGGGGCCCGCUGGGCCAUUUUGGCUGCAGUCCUGUUCCCCUGGCUGCCCUACUGUCCCUCAGACAAGUCGGUCUACAAGUCAGGAUAGCGCAUUGUGGGCACAUGACUUCCUUCCAGACGAUGGUGGCAGGCGACUGGCUCUGUGGAAUGUGUCCUCCCUGUGGUCCAGCCACCUGCACAAGAGAAGAUGUUCAGAGAAGCUAGAACCACGGUUCCCAGACGUGCCCACCCCAGCCAGGCCAACAGCAUCUGUAGGAUCUCCCAUGGCCCUGCCCUGCUCCUUCUUGGUAGCCCUGGUGGUGCUCAGCUGCCACUCCCUCGGCACUCUGGGAUGUGACCUGCCUCGGGACCACAGCGUGCUGAACUGGAGGGCCUUGAUGCUCCUGCGACAAAUGAAGAGAAUCUCCCUUAUCUUUUGUGACAAGUACAUAAAUGACUUUGCCUUUCCCAAGAAGGUAUUUCACAGCAAGCAGCUGCAGAAGGCUCAAGCCCUCUCUGUCGUCCAUGUGACGAAGCAGAAUAUCUUCCACCUCUUCUGCACAGAGGCCUCACCUGCUCCUUGGAACACGACCCUCCUGGAGGAAUUGUGCUCAGGAAUUUAUCAGCAGGUGAAUGACCUACAAGCCUGUCUCAUGCAGGAGGCAGGGGUGGAAGAGAUGGCCCUGGUGAAUGGGGACUCCAUCCUGAGGAACUACUUCCAGAGAAUCUCCCUCUAUCUGCAAGAGAAGCAAUACAGCCCUUGUGCCUGGGAGAUAGUCCGAGCAGAGAUCAUGAAACCCUUGUAUGCAUCAAUGAUCUUGCAAGAAAGAUUAAAGAGCAAGCAAGGAGACCCAGUUCAACAUGGAAAUGAUUCCCUCUAACUAAUAAUAUCAGACUUUCCACAGUUCUGCUGUCUGGAGUGUCAAAGUCACUCAUUUCUGCUGUUGUCAUGGCAUGAGUGGAAUCCAUCUGUCACAUGUUCUCAGCAGUACUAAGCAACAUCACGUGAACGGUACAAGCUCCUGUGACUUUCAGAUGAUCAUGCUGACCUGCCUAUUUAACUAUUUCACUAUAAGAUUCAAAUUAUUUUUCUCUGUAUAAUACAGGCACAUUUUCACUUUGUGGCAAUACAAAUAUACAUGCUAUACAUCUAUUAAA